AUGAGCUCCCUUAAACAGUUUAUUCGCAAUGUGCGUGCCGCCAAGACAAUCGCCGACGAACGAGCCGUUAUCCAGAAAGAAAGCGCCGCUAUUCGAGCAAGCUUUCGCGAAGAGAGCGCUGACCAUGGCAUUCGACGAAACAAUGUCGCGAAACUGCUCUACCUCUUCACGCUCGGCGAGCGAACACACUUUGGUCAAAUCGAGUGCAUCAAGUUGCUAGCAUCACCCCGCUUUGCUGAUAAAAGACUUGGCCAUCUUGCGACUAGUUUACUACUGGAUGAGAAUCAAGAGGUCUUGACUCUGGUUACAAAUUCUUUGAAAAACGACCUUGGCCAUUCGAACCAAUACAUCGUUGGUCUGGCGCUUUGCACGCUCGGAAACAUUGCGUCGAUUGAAAUGUCAAGAGACUUAUUCCCGGAAAUCGAGAACCUGUUAUCAACUUCGAACCCAUACAUCCGUCGCAAGGCAGCACUCUGUGCCAUGAGAAUAUGUCGAAAGGUGCCAGAUCUCCAGGAGCACUUCCUUGAAAAGGCUACCCAGCUGCUCUCAGAUAGAAACCAUGGCGUUCUCCUCUGCGGCUUGACACUGGUGACCAGCCUUUGUGAAGCGGACGAGGAAGAGGGCGGCGAGGAGGGUAUCGUAGAGAAAUUCCGCUCUUUUGUUCCUGGUCUCGUCAAGAUCCUGAAAAGCCUAUCCACUUCAGGUUAUGCGCCGGAACAUGAUGUCACAGGUAUCACAGACCCCUUCUUGCAAGUCAAGAUUCUUCGCCUCCUGAGAAUACUUGCUAUGGGUGAUCCUGAAACGAGCGAGCAUAUCAAUGAUAUACUUGCGCAAGUGGCUACUAACACGGAUUCCUCUAAGAACGUGGGAAAUUCCAUCCUCUACGAAGCAGUUCGAACUAUUCUCGAUAUCGAGGCCGACUCAGGAUUGCGUGUUUUAGGUGUCAAUAUUCUAGGAAAGUUUUUGACCAACCGCGAUAACAAUAUCCGUUACGUUGCUCUCAACACCUUGAUUAAAGUUGUUGCGAUUGAACCAAAUGCUGUUCAGAGACAUAGAAACACGAUUCUGGAAUGCUUGAGAGACCCUGACAUCAGUAUCAGGCGGAGAGCAUUGGAGCUGAGCUUCACUCUGAUCAACGAGAGCAACGUUCGCGUCUUGAUUCGCGAGCUCCUGGCUUUCCUAGAAGUCGCUGAUAACGAGUUUAAGCCCACCAUGACGAGUCAAAUUGGUAUCGCGGCAGAUAAAUUCGCCCCGAACAAGAGAUGGCACUUCGAUACCAUGCUGCGUGUUCUCUGCCUUGCUGGAAACUUUGUCAAGGAACAGAUCCUCUCUUCAUACGUCCGCCUCAUUGCAACGACCCCUGAGCUCCAGACAUAUGCCGUGCAAAAGUUGUACGUCAACCUGAAGAAGGAUAUCACACAAGAGAGCCUGACUCAAGCUGGCGCUUGGUGCAUCGGAGAGUAUGCCGACGCGCUACUUAAGGGUGGCCAGUACGAAGAGGAAGAGCUCGUGCAAGAAGUCAAGGAGUCCGAGGUCAUCGAUCUUUUUGCUCUCAUUCUGAACAGCAGUUACGCCAAUCAAGUUUCAACGGAAUACAUUGUCACAGCACUUAUGAAGCUUACUACGCGCUUCUCAGAUGCGUCUUCGGUUGAGAGGGUGAGGCGCAUACUCCAGAAUCACCAAACGAGCUUGGAUGUCGAAGUACAGCAGCGGGCUGUCGAGUACAGCAAUUUAUUCGGCUUCGAUCAAAUUCGCAGGGGCGUGCUAGAAAAGAUGCCGCCGCCGCAAAUCAAGGAGGAGUCCCGUGUCCUCGGGCCCGCCCCGACCAAGAAAUCUAGGGCCGCUGCUAACCGCAGAUCCAAGAUCAUCAAACCAACAGAGCAAGAUCUCCUUGAUAUUAUGGAUACUCCGGCUACGACAUUGCCCCCCUCCAAUGGUGGGCAAAACUCGAACUCCGAUCUGCUGGCAGAUAUACUGGGCGGUGGUCUCGGCUCCGAUUCUACCCCAGCCGCGCCCCUGCAGUCCAACACUUCGUCCAUACUGGAUCUGUUUGGCAGCGGAGCUGGAUCCUCGGCACAAUCUGCCAGCCCAUCAUCAUCUGGUUUGGAUAUGCUCUCUCAACCUAGUGCUCCUGCUCCUCAGCAAGCUCCGCAAGGUAGCCAGGGCAUUGCGUGUUAUCAUUCAAAUGACCUCAAUGUCACCUUCCAAGUUCAACGCAACGCCGAAGGCAUGAUACAGGCGACUGCCAAGUUCCAGAAUACGUCUACCUCCGCUACCCUGUCAAACGUCGGCCUCCAAGCUGCCGUCCCCAAAUCUCAAAAGCUCCAGCUUCUCAGUGUAUCUUCUACAACUCUGUCACCUGGUGCCGAUGCCACUCAAAUGAUGAGAGUUUCAGGAUGCAAAGGCAAUCUCCUGCCGGUGACAAUUGUCGGCGUCGAACGUGCCAAUGAGAAGAUUCGCCUCUUGAGGCUCGGCCUACAAGACGGCCCAUCGAACUUUCUUGCUGGACAAUGGCUGGAUACGUUUGUCCCUGGUAACCCGAAGCCGGGCGGCUUUACCAUUGCCUCGCCGCCGUCAGCCGCCCGGCAGGCAGCGGAGCCGUAUUUCGAACUGGCCGUCCAGGAAGCACCCGAGAAUCCGGCAGCGGCGUGGCUAUGGAAGCCGGAGAGCGAAGUACUGGGCGAGAAUCUGGAAGUGCGUGUCGGCGGAAGCUUCGUCUGCCCGCCACCCGAGGGCCUCGGCGGCAUUCGGCGCAUCGUAUUCGUUGCUGGCGGGGUGGGCAUCAACCCCCUCAUGAGCAUCCUGGGCUACAUUUCGGACGAGAAGGAGAGGCUUGACAUGCACGUCUCUGUAAUGUACGGUACAAAGGUUCCAGAAGAUGGGGACCUGGGCAAGGUGCUGUUUUUGGAUAGAAUCGCGGACCUGUUUCGGCAGGAUCGCGUGAGGGGCUCAGUGAAGCUUUUUAUUACGGGAUCGGCGUCUCACAGUGGAGAGGUGAAGGGUGAUAGAGCUGACGAAGUCGGCAUCAGAUUUAGGAGAAUGGAACAGAGUGACGUCCUCUCGGAAAUCCGUGCUGGCGAGAGCAAAGAUAGCACGCUGGUGUAUGUAUGCGGCCCGCCGGCCAUGACAGACUCGUUCGUCGACUUGUUGACAGCGCCGGAUAUGGCGAGCGUCAUUGAUGCUGGGCACGUAAAAUCAGAGAAGUGGUGGUGA